UCGAAGCCGUCUGGUUAUCUCCUGUUAAAUCACAUCUUGUCUCAGCCGAUUUAACACAUCUUUGAUCAUGGAAAAUAAUUUCUACUGGCGAAACAAAGUGGCUGUGGUCACUGGCGCCUCGGUGGGCAUUGGAGCCAGCACAGCUGUGGAGUUGGCCAAUGCCGGAAUGGUGGUCGUGGGACUGGCUCGUCGAGCGGAACUCAUUGAAGCUCUCGGGGAACAAGUGACGGGCGAGGGAAAGAUCUUUGCCCGGCAAUGCGACCUCAAUGAUGAGGAGCAGUUGACCAGUACUUUUAACUGGAUUCGAGAGAAAUUCCAGGCCAUCGAUGUGCUCGUCUGCAACGCUGGCAUCCUUAAGGCCAACUUCCUGAGCGAGUCGCCAACCAAGGACAUAAAGGAGCUGUUCGACACGAAUGUCGUGGCCACCGCCAGCUGCCUGCGGGAGGCGCUGAAGCACAUGGCUGCGGUUAAGGUUCGCGGUCACAUUGUGGUCAUGAACAGCGUGUUGGGCCAUCGGAUUCCGGAAGUGCCGGUGCCCUUAUUCAGCGUUUAUCCGGCCACGAAGCAUGCAAUUACGGCCCUCUGCCAAACGGUGCGCCAGGAAAUACAUUUUCUCAAAUUAAAUAUUAAAUUAACGAGCAUCUGUCCGGGAAUGGUGGACACGGAUUUCCUCAGUGUUUACUCGCAGGCGGUCGCCGAGUUGCCCAAGCUGCAGGCGAAGGAUGUGGCCAAAGCCGUGUUGUAUGCGCUGAACACUCCUGACGGCGUCCAGGUGGAGGACAUCAUCCUGCAGCAGAUGCGAAAGGUCAAUUGAGCGCGCGAUUGAAUUCUAAAAACUUUUUGUUAUCUGAAGCAUUGUUGUAUUUACAGUUUUUAUA